AUGUCUGCGAUUUCUGUAUCCACAGUUUCUCAGGGAGAUUUCAAUACUCCUCGAGCUCUGGCUCCGCCCUCGCCGAUUCCUGGUGCGUAUCUUCUGCUCCAGUCCGACGAUCACCCAGGGCUCGUGCUUGUUUCACAACCCCUACAAGAAGACAACUACGCUUUUUGGUGCAGAUCGAUGAGGCUUGCGUUGAGUGAAAAACGCAAAAUCUGCUUCAUCGAUGGCUCCCUCUCGAAGCCAGAUCCAGUUCUUGACCUUGCGCUCGCUGAAUCGUGGCAGUGCACGAACGACAUCGUCACUACGUGGUUGCUGAAUGCAACCUCCAAGGAUAUUGCGACAAGCGUCAUCUAUGCUGGAUCCGCGGUUUUACUCUGGCAAGAUUUGGAGACUCGCUUCUCUCAGAGCAAUGCACCUCGCAUUUUUGAGCUGAACAGGUCACUCAUGUCUCUGACUCAAGACUCUCUCUCGGUCUCACAGUAUUUCACAAAGUUGAAGAUACUUUGGGAAGAACUCAACACCUUCAAGCCAGUGGUAUCUUGUUCCUGUGGUGGCGUUAAGCCGAUUCAAGCCUUUCUUGAUCAAGAAUAUGUGAUGCUGUUCCUUAUGAGUCUCAAUAAGAAUUUGGCAAGUGUUCGAAGCUAG